AUGUAUGCUACCAAUCUUUCGUCUUACCUGUAUCCUUCAUCCCGCAAGGAUUCAUCGCCACCAGCGCCGCGAGAGGCAAACACACCGAUGGUCGGGGGAUACUGUGGUUCGUUUGAACUCUCAAAUGAGCGGGACGCGGGUUCUUCGGCAUUCAUGUCUGUCAGCAAGGAUGAACACCGGUCUGCGGACGUGAUAACGGGCGAAGAAGAGAGGCAAGAUAAACAAGGCGUAGAUCGAUCACUGCAAGAAGGAAAGGACUCAGUUGUCGUCGAUCUCAAGCCAGACUAUCAAUGUGUCCUACUGGGUUCUAUUGCCAAAUCUUCGACUCCGGCAAGCCAGGCUCCUCCGCCCCCACCGCCCCCACCGCCACCGCCGCCACCACCACCACCACCACCACCACCCGGCGGGAUACCAACCUGGGUUGCUGCCUAUGGGGCUAUUCCUCCGCCACCGCCUCCUCCUCCACCACCACCACCACCUCAAGCCCCUGCUCAAAUAAACGCACUCUCCACACCAUUCUUCAAAGUCGGUAUUGCAAAUCACUUUAUUCCAGCCGUAUACUGUGAGGAUCCUUUCGUCGAAGAUCUCGCCCAAUUAGUGCAUAUUGGACCAUUCAGCCGCAACGUCUACGUCACCCGAUAUGCUGCCCAUACUACCGAUUACAAGGAGUACGAAUGGCUCCUUAAAUAUGGCUCUACAGAGCUAUGGUAUGAGAAGCCCAGCAAAGCACAUCUCAAGAAUAUCGAGACACAGGAGGUAAGCCGAUGGCUGGAUAAAUUGCCCUCGCUACCGAAUGCCAGGCCUGUCAGUCUCGAAACACCCAGGGUAUGGGCCUCGGCUGCGAUGAGAACGCCAAUAGAUGACGAUGUCCCGAAAUGUCUUGCCGACCAUCCCGACACUACACACCCUUCUCGUUCAUGUUUUCCAUGUUCGAACGAGAAAGCGACCUCAUUAGGGGCUACGCCGCUUGUUUACUGUCUCGUGCUGAGUACCUGUCAGGCUGCCGACCCUUUUGUACACGGGUCACAUUUCCACGGCAAGCAGAUUUACAAGCUGAUCAAAUGCGGCAGUCGCGAUGCUGCCGUCUCAGAAGCCUAUCAUUCUGCCGGGGUAAACGGUUGGAACCUAGUCUUUAGCUGCGUCAUUAGGCUUGGUGAGGACCAUGACGAGCGAGAUGGAAAAGCAAAGAAGGUCCCACACCUCUGGUCCUUGUCUGAAGAGGACGAGGACAGACAAAGCAUCAGGACGUUCUACUAGAACGAACCCGUCCUUUUUCCCACGCACCUUUUCAUCAUGAA